CUCUCUCGGGCUGGGGGACGGUAUACUUCGGUCCCAACGGACUCGUCCCUAUAGCCGCUCAGGGACUCUCGAUCUCCGGCCGUCCGAUAUUAUUUUCUCUAGUUUCAAGUUUAGUCGGGCGCCGUCUUCAUUACGGUAUCCAGACGUUGAUUUACAUAGGCGCUGUCGGUCUAUGGGUUAUGGCCAAGAUGGACAUGGGUGCGUUUACCGGCAUGACCGAUGUUAAGCGACUCUCAUUUCUUGCUGUGAUACUUGCAUCUGUGGCUACAAGAUUCUACAAACUGGGGGAACCUGAACAUGUUUGUUGGGAUGAGACGCACUUCGGGAAAAUGGGGAGUUAUUACAUGAACAGGACAUUCUUCUUUGAUGUACAUCCUCCACUGGGAAAGAUGCUGAUUGGUCUAUCCGGACUGCUUACUGGAUAUGAUGGGACAUUUGCCUUUGACAAGCCAGGGGACAAUUACAAUGAUACCAAAUAUAUUGGAAUGAGAGCUUUCUGUGCCCUACUUGGUUCAGGAGUUGCUCCACUAUCCUUUCUUACUGUGCUCGAAUUGACUAAGUCAGUACAGGCUGGAAUUUUGGCUGCUUCAUUCAUUAUAUGUGACACUGGUUGCCUGACAUUAUCUCAGUAUAUUCUUCUUGAUCCCAUCCUACUCUUCUUCAUUAUGCUGUCUACAUUCUGUCUGAUCAAGUUCUACUCAACAUCCAACAAAACCUUCAGUGUGUCAUGGUGGCUGUGGAUGAUGGCAACAGGAAUUUCAUUGGCCUGUGGAUUUAGUGUGAAGUUUGUUGGGUUGUUUGUCAUUCUUCUGACUGGAUUGAGCACUAUUCAUGACCUCUGGAGGCUACUGGGAGAACUGUCUUUGACGAAGAUGACACUGGUUCGUCAUUUGGUGGCCAGAGUUGUUUGUUUGAUAUUCCUACCAGUUCUGGUCUACCUGAUCAUAUUUGCAGUGCAUCUUCAAGUUCUUAAAAAAAGUGGGAGUGGUGAUGCAUAUUUCAGCUCCCACUUUCAGUCAAGUCUCCUAGGUAACAGUCUGUACAAUGCCUCCAUGCCGAGAGAUGUUGUGUAUGGAUCAGUAAUCACACUUAGAAAUCAUCGAACUGGAGGCGGACUUCUUCAUUCUCAUAAUCAUCUUUAUCCUGAAGGCUUCGGCCCGAGGCAACAACAGAUUACAGCAUACUCGUAUAAAGAUGAAAAUAACAAGUGGUUGAUUAAAAGAGCUGAUGCUGAGUACGAUCCAACAGGACCGAUACAUUUUGUGUCGCAUGGUGAUUAUGUACGUCUUGAACAUGUCCACAGCACUGGGAGGAAUCUUCACAGCCAUGAAGAACUAGCACCACUUACUAAGGAACACUUGCAGGUGUCUGGUUAUGGCAUUAAUGGCACUGGAGACCAGAAUGAUAUCUGGCAGGUUGAGAUUGUCAAUCCAAAUGUAGGAUUGCAUGUCAAGACAGUGCUAUCCAAGAUCAAACUCAUUCACUACCAUACCGGUUGUGUGUUGUAUGUAACUGGCAAACAGCUCCCCAAAUGGGGUUUUGAACAGAUGGAAGUCACAUGUAAUCCAGAUACUAGGGAUUCCAGCAGAUUAUGGAAUGUGGAAGAUCAUGUCAACACAAGAUUGCCAAAUAUAAGUUUCCAAGUUCUUGCUCCAUCAUUUCUGGAGAAAUUUAUCGAGUCUCACCGUGUCAUGCUUCAGGGAAACAGUGGUCUGAAGCCCAAAGCAGGUGAAGUGACAUCUCGGCCAUGGCAGUGGCCAAUCAACUACAGAGGUCAGUGGUUUUCUGGAGGAGUCAAAGCAACCUACAGCAUUUAUCUUCUGGGCAAUCCUAUCAUCUUUGUUGGAAAUCUGAUCUGUUUGGUAGCUUUCUUGGUCUUAUACCUAAUCUGGGCUUUGUUGGAGAAGAGAGGAUGUACAUGUACACUCACAACCCAAGUGAAAGAGACAUGUCAUACAACGUUUGGCAUCUGUUGCUUUCUUUUUACUGGCUGGUUCCUGCAUUAUGCUCCAUUUUUCAUCAUGGGACGAGUACUUUACUUUCACCAUUACUUCCCUGCCAUGCUGUUCAACAGUAUGCUCUCUGGUGUGCUACUGGACUUCAUUUAUCAAAAUUUGGAGAGUUUCUUUUCACCAAAAACCAAAGUUGGGAUUUACACCAGCAGUCUUGUUAUUUCUCUAUCAGUCAUUGUGCACAGUUUCUACCUAUUUCACCCUUUGUCCUAUGGGAUUAUUUCAUCAUCUGUGAAUACAAGCAGUAACAUGGCUGGCCUACAUUGGAUGGACUCCUGGGAGUUCUGAUGUUUUUCCUGUGGCAAUUUUUUUUGUCUGUUCGGAGUUGGUGGCUAUGAGUUUCCACAAUUCCUGAACUCUGCUAAUCUGCUUCGAGUCAAGAACUUCACCAGUGUCACCCAUGAUCCGUGGUCUGUUCGUGAAUUAUCAAAAUAAAGGAUGAAUUUGUUCUCCUCAGGAGCUCUUUUACCGAGGAUAAGGGUUGUAUAUCUACACUAAGGCCCAACGGCUGUGGUAUGACUGACUCGUUUUGACUUGGACAUAAUUACUAUAAAAACUGAACCGGAAACUUUUAUGUCGGUAAUGUCUCGGAUGAUUGCUUUGGAAAUGGUUCCCUAAAAGUGUUUUUGAAUAUGUAUUUUGUAAUGGUGUAGUGCCCGGAACGUGUACUUUAUGUGACAAACAAAGUGUUUGUAAUGUCUGUAGCUUUAGGUAGUCAUUGCAUAAAUUGAAACAUGAGCCCGUUACCUUAAAGAUGAUUUAUAUUAACGUUGAGAUGUCGCUCUGAAAGUUUCUCAUAAGAUUUUAGAUGGUACAUUUUGAAAGACCCUUUCAUUUCUUUAUAUUAAAUUGUAAAGAAAAAAAAUCAGCAACACAAUAUAAACAGCCUUCGUGCCUUGUUAUUUUCAGUGUAGUUUGUUGCAUUUUUUUUCUUCUUGACGUCAACGUGUGGGUUCAUAAGUUCGAUAUUCAGAUGGGUUUGUACAGGGUAGGGUCAGCCCAAACCCAUACAGCGUAUCACGUAUGCACGUAUGGUGUCUUUCAGUUACAUGAAUGUACGCGAAAUUACUAGUGUCAUGAAAUUAUGUCUGUACGUUAUAACUCAUGUAUACUGCAAAACUUGGCAUAGGUACAUGUAUUUGUAGGUGGCGAUAAUACUUUAUGUAGACAUUGGUGUCAUGCUCAAAUAAUAACAAAAAUUAAGUCUUGAAGAAAAACUACUACUGAUUAACGGGUUCAGUGAAAAGAAAGAUUAUUGCCGUAACGUACGCACAGUGUUUGAGAGGGGCUGAUAGGAACGAAAUUUCAGCCUUUAUCACAGUGUGUGAGCCUCAAGCUGGACCUAGAAAAAAAUUCUACUAACAGAGGCUCUUUUGGUCUGAACUGAACUUCGCUAAUGCACGCGUUUAUGUCGCUUCGCUUGCAUUCAAAUGAACAAUCCCGACCAGUGUAGCUCUUUUCAACCAAUAAGGGGUGCUUCUGCUCAAGGCGGAUAGUGCACACAUGCCCAAAUAUAAAUAUGCCAAUUUUUCACGUGGAGACUCUUGGCAUAUGACAGUACUUGCAGCCAUGUUGAAAAGUAUUCAAGCACCAUACAAAAAAAGAGUAAAAAGCAUUUUGCAUUGGGUUCCAGAAUCACCUCAACGUACGCUCUUGCCAACUUAAAAUAUAAAGCUCUUUUUUAUUUCCUGAACUGCACAUGUAGCCUGUCUAGCCAGUUAUAGCAGCGUACAGUUAUAACGCUUAAUUCAGUUCGGUCCCUGGGGGGGGGCUGUAACGGGAAUCUACUGUACCGUUAUAAACACAGCCCCAAAUUCACGUACAAGGUCUUUUAGGGAACUCGUGAAGUCCUGCUCUUCCGACCUGAAUUCUAUCCAAUAUGAAUCCGACCUCGGAUCGUGUAAGAUCAGAUUUAAUGUGGUUCUUUCAGAUUCGGAUAUAGACUUUGGAUUUAUUGUUUUACUCGUUAUCGGACAUCUCAUAAAUGUGGCAGCGGCGAGAUUGGGGUGAUCAUUUUUCAUUUUACUGUGGUUUCAGUCACAAGUUUUCAAUUCUUUAUACUCAAAUUGUAAUAUUUAAUAUCAAAAUGUUUCAUUAAAAACACUGCUAAGAAAGGGUUGCUAAUAUAUUGUCAUGUACUAAAUUAAACAACAAUAAAUUACUAAACAAAAGGAGAUUUUUGCCGCGAAAAAUAUAACUUUUCAGCCAAUUUUGUGCAAAUAUCACUGAAACGUUUCAGGUUUUCUUCCCAUCAGGGUGACAUCACAGUGUUACUCAUGAAUACGGAAGUGCUCGUGAGCAUAAAGAAAAAUGCGCCAAAAUUCCCUUAAAUAUCGCAAAAUAAAGAUUAAAAAUAAUUGCAACAUACAGGUCCAUUUCAAGUGUUGCAUUGAAGAAAAUGCGUUGCAUAUAAGAUUCUGUACGAGAGUUGUGCGUGAUAUACUCUCACAAAGAGCCACUUGACUCCGAUAUGGUUGAAGUGUAGCAUUGUAUUAUGCCACGCUGAGCCUUCCUGUGUAAGGUCUAAAUGCCAUGAAAGUCUUUGAGAAAGCAAUUCAUGCUCAGGUUAAUGAUUUUUUACAUGUCAGUGGCCUGAUCAACAAUCGGGUUCAGCGGGAGUUAGACCAGGGUACUCAACUUGUACAGCCUUGACGUACGCAAUAAACCAUCAUCUAUAUUUGUAUUUUGCCACCCAUUUCUGAAAUUUUACACUUUAUUACUAUUUCAUUUUGUAUUUUAUUACUGUUUCAUUUUGUAAUUUAUAUGUUUAUGAAAGUAUCUCUACAGCAUUAAUAACUUUUACGUGUUAUAUAAUACACAACAUAUCGUCGACUUUUUCAUUUCACCCAGACGGCGUGCAUCCAGGUGCAUGUUUAAUCCUUGAUAGAAAUGUUUCCCCUGUAGGUAUAAUGUUAUACAAGUUAUACAUAAACUUAAUUUGAAGUUAAAUUUUAGGGGGUUAAUAGAAGUGUUGUAAUUGUUAUUGAAAUAACUGAUAUUUUAUACAUUAUACCCGAAGGGACGAAUGAACAAAAAAUGGUAUACAUGAACCGAAAACAAAUUUGUUAAUGUGACGGGACCGGCUUGAUUUAAGUCUAAUCUUGGAAUGUGUUAUGAGUUUGGUAGCCAUCCGAGUAGUCAUAAUAUUUCCCACCCCGUCAUGCUUGUAACCAGUAUUUAAAGAGCUCGGGAUAUGAAAUGGUCAGUUGUCUGUAACUAGUUAUAUUGCUUGAUUUAUAUAUGUUUGAGGCUAGAUUAGCUCAAUGGUUAUAUUUCUACAAAACUUUGACGCAUUAUUCUUGCGCAACGUACUUUGCCGUGGCGUACGUGCGAUUCUCCCUCUCUCUGAUCGAGUUGUGUUGGCACACAACGUGAGUUGUCGUUCUUCAUCAAGCUUUCAAAUUUUGUUCACUUUAAUUUUGCGUUUGGGUUGUGUUGACAUUGCAGCCUUGUUUUCAUCAACUUUGUUACUAAGCUAGCUUUUCGUCGUUGGUUGAGGAGAUCCAAAAUAGGACAUUUGGAUUCCUUUCAGUUUCGCACAUUGUAGAGAAAGUUUUGUGCAUGUGUCGUGUGACCGACGACUGUUGCACGUCAGCGACCUGACGACUGUUGUGUGUAUUUUGUGCAAUAGAUUUACUCGGAGGAGAGAGGCGGGUCCACACAAUGCCUUUGGGAAGUUAUUGAAAGUUACCGUGUAGUGCCCUUGGGAAUUUAGUAGGUUUUAAUUUACAAUCACCUAGAAACCUAACUUUAUAUUCUCAACUAGGAGUCUCAUCUUCAUAAACAAAUACACUUCUGGUUAUUGUCAUCCUCAUAUUUGAGAUCUUCCUCCAUGUUUAUAUUAUAGUGUGGCCCAUGCUGUCUCAUAAUUGUUGGAUUGAAUAAUUAAAUCUAAUCUGAUACGCUAUCACGGAACGUCAUGUUGUACUGAAUACAUAUAUCAUUCUUUGAUUAAUCUGUGGUCACUUAGCAGUUUCCAGUCCUCAAUUUAAAAGUUGAGCGGACCCACUACGUCAAGGUGGCAACACCCCCACGUAACCGUGACAUUAACAGCAAAGAACCCGUACAUGAACAUGUUGGACUCAGUAAAAGGUGAUAAAUACUUCUUCAUCUUAAAGGGUAUGAAUUCAAA